GUGCGGCCCGGACUUGGUCUAAUUUAAGUACUACGAACAGCAGGCAGCGUCGGGGCAGCAGUCAAAGAGAAAGUCACCGACGCCGGAGCAUUUUCCCGGCGAUCUACGCCACCGUCCGGCCAGCUGACGACCUCAAGGAUCACUCUUCGCCGCUAACUCAGCUACGAUUUUCAGUGAAAAAAAUGGAAAUUGAACAAGAAUUAGAGUGGCUUGAGGCGCAGAAGAUUGUAAUAAGUGAAAAUAUUGUCUCUGUAGCCAAACAGCAGCUACAAUUCCUUGCAGCUGUUGAUAGGAACCGCUGUCUCUAUGAAGGCCCCGUUCUACAAAGGGCCAUCUAUAGGUAUAAUGCUUGUUGGCUUCCUUUGCUUGCCAAACAUUCUGAGUCCCAGAUUUCUGAAGGACCUUUGGUUGUUCCUCUUGACUGUGAAUGGGUUUGGCACUGUCAUCGACUUAAUCCUGUGCAAUACAAAUCUGACACUGAGAAAUUAUAUGGAAGGGUACUUGACAACUAUAAUGUUGUGUCUUCCAUACAAGGGAUUUCAAAAGAGGAGACUGAAGAAAUUUGGAAUGGAUUGUAUCCAGAAGAGCCUUAUCACUUAGACCUUACUACACCAUUUUUGGAGGAUGUCUCUGAAAAAUUUUCUGCUGCUGAAAAAUUCAUCAAGUAUGACCUGGCUACAGCUGUUAAAAGGCAGAGGCCUUUUUUCUAUCAGGUAUCCAGGCCCCAUAUGAACAAUGAUCUCUUUCUUGAAGGAGCUGCUGCCAGAUAUAAGGGUUUUUUGCAUCUAAUCAAGAGAAACAGGGAGAAUUCCUUAAAAUGCUUCUGUGUUCCAACCUAUGACAUUGACCUCAUCUGGCAUUCACACCAGCUGAAUCCGGUUUCUUACUGUAAAGAUUUAACAAAAGUACUCGGCAAGGUAUUAGAACAUGAUGACACAGAUUCAGAUAGAACGAAGGGUAAAAAGCUGGAUGUUGGGUUUUCAGAAACUACCAAGCAGUGGGAGGAGACAUUUGGUUCAAGGUACUGGAGGGCAGGGGCAAUGUAUAGAGGAAGUGCCCCAUCUCCUCUACCAAUUUGUCCUUGCCCAUCUGAUUUUUUGAGUAAAAAGGUAGUUGCAUCGAAUGGGUGCAAGAAAAUAAUUCAGCUUCCUGAGGUGAAGUUUGUGGAGGUUCUUUUGGAGAUUGUGGGAGUCAAAAACUUACCAGAGGGGCACAAAGGAAGCCUCUUUGUCUCCUUCAGAAAAAAAAAACCUGACAUAUUCUUCAAUGCUACGCGGAGACUGACUAUUUUGUCCGAGUCUGGGGAGAAACAGGUUGCUUCUUUCCAGUGUGAACCCACUGGAGAACUGCUUUUUGAGCUCAUGUCACACGCACCUUCCAACUUAUCAAUAUCAAGGCCAUCCAAAGCAAUGGGUUGCACUUCAGUCUCUCUGCAGGACCUCUUGGCCCCAGAUUCUAAACUCUACCUGGAAAACUGGGUGGCAUUGGUACCCAGUUCUGGCAAAGUGAGCCCCAAUCCAAUCUGCCUGAGGAUUGCUGUCUCAAUCACUGUUCCUGCCCCAGCACCACAUGAUCUCCGCAUGGUUCGCUCUCGGCCCUUCUCAAAGAGUUCUUGUUUUUUCCCUCUACUUGGAAGGGUUCAAGAUGCUAAGAGCUGGACGCAUGUGAUUGAUGAUGCUGGCAGCGAGGUCAUCAGCCUCCAAAUGAGGGAUUCAAAAAAGGCAAAGGACAAAAGAGGAAAUGAGUCCAUGUUAAGCAAAGAGGUUGUUGGCCUUACCAAAUUUGGUGAACCUUGCACUCUUGCAGAGUUUGUGGGGAAUGGAUGGUCAUUGUUGGAUUCUCUAUGGUCACUGCAGCUUCAACCUAAUUCCAGUGAUAUCCAUAUUUUUGAGCUGACAGGAAGUAGGACGGUGAAAAUUUUCCCUGGCAGAAAGCUGGAAUAUGAACACACACAUUAUGAAAAGCGGAGACAUGAACUUGACUUCUUUACUGCAGUUGAAUUCACAGCUGAAGAUCCACAUGGCAAAGCAGUGGCAUUGCUUGAUUUGAAAUUUGGUUUUCUUAAGGUAAAGGAAGAAUGGUUUGUGCUGCCUGGGAUCACCCUGGCCUUUAUACUUUCCAAUGUUCUGAGCAAGGAGGGAUAUAAUGGCUUUGUUGGUGGAGAAAUCAUGAAGGGAACCGAAAAUUCAGAUGGCAAAGUUAAUGUAUGCUGCGAGGAAAACCACAAAGCUAGCCAGACUGGUAUCGUAGCAAGGGAAGUGGAGUUGAAGACCAAGGCAACUGAAGGAAGCACAGUAAUGCCAGAGGGAUGCAGUUCACGCAGUGGUGUCUGUGAAGGAGCAUGUGGCAACAAGUAUGCAAAUGCAGUGCUGGAGAGCGGCGGCUGUGGUGGCUGUGGGAGCGGUUGUGGUGCAGGCUGUGGUGGAGGGUGCGGAAACAUGGCUAAGAGUGCUGGCUGUGGAGGUUGUGGAGGCAGUGGAUGCGGAGAUACAAUCGAAACUAGCGGCUGUGGUGGUUGUGGCGGCAGUGGCUGUGGUGACGGGACAUCAGCAAACGGAAGCCAUGCAGGUAACCCCUGUGCUGAUGAACGCCCGGUGUUGGUUCCGGUUCAUGCAAAUGAGGCACUAGUUGCCUGAUUUUACAUUAUGUAAUGCCAGCAUAAACCCCACCAAGGUUUAAUUUCAUAUCGCUUGUUAGGUUCCUUUGUGUAGCGUUUAUUUCCCACAAGGAUGCACAAAGUUGUGGGUGUUAUCUUUGUAUGGGCUGAAGGGUCAUGCUUGGGUUUUCUGUUAACAGUUUUCUAUGUUGCAAUGGUUAAUGGGCGGUGUGGGCGUCUGCUUCAUCCAGUCCACGGCUUGAAUAAUUGUUCAAUGCUCAAUCUGUACGCCAAUAAAGCCCUCUUCAUUAAUCUGAUGGUGUUUAUGUAUGGAUGUAUGCAUUUAUGAUCAGUGAAAUAAAUUGACUUUUGCUGGCAUUAUUGAACAGUGAAAUAAAUUGACUUUUGCUGGCA